GACGGCGUUUCAGCUUAUAAGAAAUUCACAAAAUAAACCAAGCUCACCGUAACCUAGCCACUCGAACUGUUGCCUCAUCCACCAACGUCAUCUCAUCCUAACCGGAGCACCGCCUUCUUGAACCACCGUCAUUCAUCUGAGUCUCUAAUAUCAUCAUCUUUGACACAUCCAUUGCCAGCUUUGUCUAUUAUACUCAAUUGCUACUGUGCAAAUAUACUAGAAGGAGCCAUGUCGAGGAUAAUUGUGAAGAAUCUCCCUAAAUAUGUUGCAGAGGAUCGACUAAGAGAAUUGUUUUCUCAGAAAGGAGAAAUAACUGAUGUCAAGCUUAAGCGUACCAAAAACGGAAAAACUCGCCAAUUUGCUUUUAUCGGAUUUCGUACAGACCAGGAAGCUCAGGAAGCGAUUCGAUAUUUUAAUAGAUCUUACCUUGACACGCUUAGAAUUACUUGCGAGGUGGCUCAAAAACAAGGUGAUGCUAAUCUUCCUCGUCCAUGGAGUCGACAUUCAACAAAAAAAGACAAUAAAGACAAUAAAGUGAUCACCCCAGAUGCGAACAAUCAUGCUAGAGCUAAAGGACAAGGAGACAAUUCUAAGGACAUUGAUGACCCAAAGCUUAAAGAUUUUCUUCAGGUCAUGCAACCUCGGGCUAAGUCUAAGUUGUGGGGAAAUGAUACUUCAUUUGCAUCCAAUGAUGGUAACAGCCAAGCAACAUUGAAUAAGGAAACCGAAGGUACAUUGGUUGCAAACCAUCCUAUCUUGAGCAACUCACAAGUAGAUGGAAUACCGCCAAAUAAUCCUGAAUCCGACAAGUCACGUGAGCUUAAGCAUGGUGGAUUAAUUUCUGAUAUGGAUUAUUUCAAGAGUAAAGUGACAACAGAAUGGUCUGAUUCUGAAAGCAGUGAUGAUGAAAACAACGAUGAAAACAAUGAUUCGGAAUCUGAUGACGAGGAUGACAAAGAUAACCAUAGUCAUGCUACUAAACGUGAAGAAAAUUGUGGCAAUUACCCUUCUGAAAAAACCCCAAGAAGUGGUGCUCAAGAGUUAGAAGUAGAAGGGAAAGAAGAUACUUUUCAAGAGGAUGUUGCCAAUGAUAAGUCUCAGGUUAAUGUAACUGAGGAAGGGGAGCAAUCAUCAAAUCCAGAAGAUAAGAAAGAAGUUUCUGAGUCGUGUCGACUGUUUGUCCGUAAUCUGCCAUAUACGACCACUGAGGAGGAACUGGAAGAGCAUUUCAGUCAGUUUGGUAGUGUCUCACAGGUUCAUUUAGUUGUUGAUAGGGAGACAAAACGAUCCAAAGGAAUAGCUUAUAUUCAUUUUUCAGUUCCAGAAUUUGCAACCAGGGCGCUAGAAGAGUCAGACAAUUCAAUCUUCCAAGGGAGAUUAUUGCAUGUCAUGCCAGCUAUACCAAGACAUUCAAACAAUGAAGAGAACAAUGUCUCCAAAGACCAAGGUUCUAAAACUCUCAAACAACGAAGAGAGGAAGAGAGGAAAGCAGCUGAAGCUAGUGGAGAUACCAGAGCAUGGAAUAGUCUGUUCAUGCGUCCUGAUACAGUUGUUGAAAAUGUUGCUCGGAAAUAUGGUGUUAGUAAGAGCGAUUUUAUGGAUCGAGAAGCUAAUGAUCUUGCUGUACGUAUUGCCCUGGGAGAAACUCAAGUGAUUUCAGAAACAAAAAAUGCAUUUAAGAAAGCUGGAGUGAAUGUGGAGUCUUUGGAGGAGAUUGCCAAGGGUAAAGUUGAUGGUGUAAAAAGAAGUAACCAUGUAAUUUUAGUGAAAAAUUUGCCCUAUGGUUCUACCGAAAAUGAACUCGCAAAUAUGUUUGGGAAAUUUGGUAGUUUGGAAAAAAUAAUUCUUCCCUCAACAAAAACAUUGGCCCUGGUUGUUUUCCUUGAAGCAGCAGAAGCUAAAGUUGCUUUUAGAGGUUUAGCUUACAAGCGUUACAAGGAUGCUCCCUUGUACUUGGAGUGGGCUCCUUCCAAUGUUCUUAGCCCAAAAUCAACAUCUGACGAUAAUGAGAUGAAUAGUGGAAUUGGUGAAAAGGAUGUCAAGCGACAGAUAUUGGAGCAAGAUGUGGAAAGAAUAUCAGAUAUGGAUAUUGAUCCAGACAGAAUAGAGGCUCGGUCCCUGUUUGUCAAGAACCUAAAUUUCAAGACAACUGAUGAGAGUUUGAAGGAGCAUUUCAGCAAACACAUGAAAGAGGGACGAAUUUUGAGUGUCAAGGUGAAGAAGCAUUUGAAAAAUGGGAAAAAUGUUUCUAUGGGGUUUGGAUUUGUUGAGUUUGACUCCACAGAGACCGCUACAAGUGUUUGCAACAAUUUACAGGGGACUAUUUUGGACAGUCAUGCUCUUAUUUUACAACUUUGUCAUGCCAAGAGUGAUGGUAAAGUACAAAAGAAAGUUGAGAAAGACAAGAGUUCAACUAAGUUGCUUGUGAAAAAUGUUGCUUUUGAGGCAACAGAGAAGGAUCUGAGACAAUUAUUUAGCCCGUUUGGCCAGGUUAAAAGCUUAAGGUUGCCAAUGAAGUUCGGAAAUCAUAGAGGAUUUGCUUUUGUGGAGUAUGUUACUCAGCAGGAGGCACAAAAUGCACUUACGGCACUCUCAAGUACUCACUUGUAUGGAAGACAUCUGGUUAUAGAGAGAGCGAAAGAAGGCGAGAGUUUGGAGGAACUGCGGGCUCGAACUGCUGCUCAAUUUAAUGAACAUAGUGGAUUCCAAGAUGCUAACUUAUCCAGGAAAAGGAAGGCCAUCAGUAUGUUUGAUGAAGAAAAUAUGAAGUUUGGAAGGUUUGAUUAGUGAUCCGCUCAAGAUUUUAACGUUGUAUGUAUAUAUCCCAAAGUUCAGGGAUGGCAAUUUUGUAGGUCAUAGUAAAUUGUUUAAUUUGUCGCUACUCGGUGUCAUUAUUUAUUACCAAGUUCAGAAGAGACGGUAAAAGGAUAUGGUCAUAAUUAUAUGAGAUCACCUUACUGGAUGGAAUGAAAAUCACAAAUUUUCCUUUUUAGAGUAAAUUUUAGAGACAUUGUAGUCUCUAUCAAGGACUAA